AAUUUUUAACCCUCAAUGGAGACAGCUGACUUCCGAGCUGUUUUUGUGUUUUAGAACUGGGUGCAGCGCAAUACACCGAUACUUGCCCCCAAACAUGUACUACGGCUCAACCCUUACGCCCAGAGCCACCCGUUACUUCCUCCUCCUCCUCCAUUCUCCCAUGCUCCCACGCCGCUGCUGCUUAUUUUGGCCUUCCUCCGCUGUUUCCAACAUUGCUGCCGUUCCAUCUCUCAGCUGUUCUUCCCUCCUCUUUCGCCUCCGAAAGCCCUCCUUCUUCCCUCGGUUCUCUUCCACCGCCUCCGACGAUGAUGCCGCGGAGAAGCAGCAACACGAUGGAGAUUCCUCGAAAAUGAGCAUCUUAAAAUCUGGUUUGUACCUUGUAGCGACACCCAUUGGAAAUCUUGAAGAUAUCACAUUGCGGGCAUUGCGUGUCCUUAAAUCUGCAAAUGUCAUACUUACAGAGGAUACAAGACAUUCUAGGAAAUUGCUUCAAUACUACAAUAUCAAGACACCUCUUCUUAGCUACCACAAAUUCAAUGAGUCUGAACGUGAAACUACAAUUCUAAAGCGGCUUCAACAUGGGGAUAUUGUUGCAUUAAUUAGUGAUGCUGGUACUCCAUGUGUCAGUGAUCCAGGCUUUGAACUAGCAAAGUUAUGCACGAGGCAGAAUAUCCCUGUUAUUCCUAUUCCUGGGCCAUCUGCUUUGCUUGCUGCUAUAUCGGCAUCUGGGUUACCUACUAAUGAAUUCACAUUUGUUGGCUUUCUACCUAAACGCACUGGAUCAAGGAAAGAAAGACUCAUGGUAUCAGCCAAUGAGACAGCCACACAAAUAUUCUUUGUUCCUCCCCACAAGCUUCAUCAAUUUCUUGAUGAAGCCUCUUCAAUCUUUGGCGAUUCAAGGUCAUGUGCUAUAGCACGAGAGAUGACGAAACUUCAUGAAGAGUUUUGGCGAGGUACUUUGGGGGAAGCAAAUAAAAUAUUUUCUACACAGCAGCCAAGGGGAGAAAUCACACUCUUAAUAGAAGGAAAAGCGAAGUCAGUUGCUGAAGUUCCAGCUGAUGAUCAACUUGAGCUUGAGCUGAGAGAACUAAUCUCCAAUGGCCACAGUAUUUCCAUGGCAGUGAAAUUGGUGGCUGAAGGAACAUCGGCAAAAAGAAAACAUAUAUAUGCGCUUGCACUUAGGUUAUGUGGAAAGCAAAUGGAAGCUAAGGAAUAUCCAGAUUAGGGCAGGAUUAUCAGGGAUGAGAAUGCUCCUUUAUGUCAGAAUCUGAUGCUACGCAAAACCAGAGGAUUGUAGAUCCAGAGAUGGAAAUAGAAUUGCAGGCCUACAAAGGCUUACAGCUUCUGGCUCCAUUUUCAGAGUUUUCAACUCUCUUUCCUUGUAUAUGUAACUUCCCUAACCAAUCUUUGUUCCAUUUCAUGUAAUGAGAUGACUGAAUAGGUGUAUAAGCCCUUUCUAUGGGCGGCUAAAUAAGCCCUAAAAUCUGGCGAUCGUCAGCAUACGAGGAAGUAAUUUAUGCAGGUUAUGCACAAUGAUUCUGUUUAUUACACAACUAAGUAAAUUGAUAAAGAAAUAAGAAAAGUAAAUCUUUGACAAAAA